AUGAUCUUACACAAACUUCUUUUACGUCCCAGAACUCUACAAAGUCUUGUUCCCCGAAACGAUUUCGGAACACACAAAAAAACUUAUUAUCGUAGUCGUAUUGUGUUCAGCACAUUUUUGGUAGCGGUUUUUGGGAUUGGAUGCGCCUUAACAUAUGUCAACUAUAAUCCACAGUUAAGGGAUAAUUUGAAAAAACAAUCAGCAAUACUGGAUGAAGUUAUACAGUUUCUAUGGCAAGAGAAAAAGACAUUCAAACAGAGGAUUGACGAAAUUAUUCCUCCAAAGGAAAAUUAA